UACAGGUUUGAGGUUAGUCUAUUUCGAAAUUCGAGUUAGGUAAGCGGCAUUUAACAAAAACAUAGUUUUAAUUACUUCUUAGGAGAAGAAAGGAAAAUGAGCACUGUUGCCAACAACAAGAAGAAAGCGCCUAAUAAAGGAAAUGCUGCCAAUGAGGAAAUCCUUAAUACUUUUCAGGCCCUCAGAAAUGAACAGAGACAAUUAGCAAACAAGAUAUCAGAAUUGGAAUUGGAUCUCAAUGAACACAAGAUAGUUAUUGACACCUUGAAAGAUCUGGAUGGAGACAGGAAAUGCUUCAGGAUGGUUGGAGGAGUCUUGUGUGAGAAAACUGUCAAAGAAGUUUUACCAGUAUUAAGUACAAAUAAACAACAGCUCACAAACUUGAUCGAGUCAUUGAACAAACAGCUGACAAAGAAAGGAGUUGAAAUAAAUGAGUUCAAAGAAAAACACAGCAUCAGAGUAAAGGGACAAGACGAGGAAAGCUCAUCAGAAAAAAAAGUGGAAGCCCCUGCAAGAAACGUCAUGGUUAACCCGUUGUGAUUUUGUUGUGCAUAAUGCUUCUUAAGGUGCACAAUGAUAACUCUUUGUUUUCCUUUAAAAUCAUGAAAUAUUUUAUUAACACUAGUUAUUUCAACUUUACGUUUACAUUUUAAUACUGAUAGACUAAUUCUUUAUUUAUUGUAUUCUAUUGCUCUUUUGUAAUAAACUACUUGGAAAUAUA